AUGGUGACAGAGGUCAGAGGGAUCACUGACCCUCAGAAGGAGGAGUACUUCAAGAAGAGGUUCAGAGAUGAGGAGCAGACCAGCAGCAUCAUCUCUCACAUCAAGACCUCUAGAAGCCUCCACAUCAUGUGCCACAUCCCAGUCUUCUGCUGGAUCACUGCUACAGUUCUGGAAGUGGAGUUGAAGACCAGAGGGGGAGGAGAGCUGCCCAAUACCCUGACUGAGAUGUACAUCCACUUCCUGGUGGUUCAGUCCAAAGUGAAAAAAGUCAAGUACGAUGGAGGAGCUGAGACGGAUCCACACUGGAGUCCAGAGAGCAGGAAGAUGAUCGAGUCUCUGGGAAAACUGGCCUUUGAUCAGCUGCAGAAAGGUCACCUGAUCUUCUAUGAAUCCGACCUGACAGAGUGUGGCAUCGAUAUCAGAGCAGCCUCAGUGUACUCAGGAGUGUUCACUCACAUCUUUAGAGAGGAGAGCGGACUGUACCAGGACAAGGUGUUCUGCUUCGUCCAUCUGAGUGUUCAGGAGUUUCUGGCUGCUCUUCAUGUCCAUCUGACCUUCAUCAGCUCUGGUGUCAAUCUGCUGUUAGGAAAAAAAAAACCCUCCUCGUUGGUCUUUAGAGAAAAACCCAAACAUCUCUACCAGUGUGCUGUGGACCAGGCCUUACAGAGUCCUAAUGGACACCUGGACAUGUUCCUCCGCUUCCUCCUGGGUCUUUCCCUGGAGACCAACCAGACUCUCCUACGAGGUCUGCUGACACAGACAGGAAGUCGCUCACAGACCAAUAAGAGAACAGUGCAGUACAUCAAGGAGAAGAUCAGUGAGAAUGUGUCUCCAGAGAAAAGCAUCAAUCUGUUCCACUGUCUGAAUGAACUGAAUGAUGAUUCUCUAGUGGAGGAGAUCCAAUGGUCCCUUAGUUCAGGACGUCUCUCCACAGAGAAACUGUCUCCUGCUCAGUGGUCAGCUCUGGUCUUCAUCUUACUGUCAUCAGAAGAAGAUCUGGAGGUGUUUGACCUGAAGAAAUACUCUGCUUCAGAGGAGGCUCUUCUGAGGCUGCUGCCAGUGGUCAAAGCCUCCAACAAAGCUCUACUGAGUGGUUGUAACCUCUCACAGAAAAGCUGUACAAACAGCCCAGUGACGUGCGGUCACUGGAGGCAGUGCCUCCCCUAUGUCAUCAUGAAAUCCUACAGAACGUUUCCAUUCAACAGACCAACAACAUUGGGAACUUCACACGUGGUAGCCUAG